CCAAAAUACACUGGCCUACCCCGACCCGGGCCGGCAAGGGCUUUUACGCACCAGUUUUGCCCGAUUCCUCUGAGAAAAGGAAGACGAACAGUGCGUCGCCAUUUUGCCCCGAUCGUGUCUGUUCCUCUCCGAAUUUGCCCCGAUUCUUCUGAGAAACGACUUUCUGCACUCCGUCGCCAUUUUUCGCCGCGCCGUCGAGCAACUCCGAAAAUCUGGCUCGACGAAGAAUCUUCCGCCGCCUCCAAGAGCGUGGACCAAUUCGUAGGUCUCAGGGAACGACCUAGUUCUUGGUAGGAAGUAGGACCGGUGACAAUGGUGAAACUCAAGAGUGUCAGAAACAGAAACCGGGGAAUCUGGAACAGGAAAGAGAGAUGCCUGAGCUGUUCUGCUUGCAAGGGCUAGACUUAAUGAAAGAUUGAGAGGAGUGUCUUUGUCCGGUAACAGUAACAAGAAAAAAAAUGGUGGCAAGCUCAAAGAAAUGUGAGAAAAAGUUGUACAAUAACCUGAAACGUGGAAGGCUAGAGGUGAAAGUCUCUUCCAAGACUUUCAUAUGCCCGUUUUGUCCAAUGAAUAAGAGGAGGGUUUGUCUGUACAAGGACCUCCUUCAACACGCUUCUGGAGUCGGUAAUAGCAGCUCCAAGAAAAGAAGUGCAAAACAGAAGGCAAGCCACCGUGCUCUUUUCAAAUACCUUCAAAACGAUCUGGCAGAUUCCGCCACUCUAUCAAACCCUCAUGAAUUUUCGGAGGAUGGCGAAAGAUUCGUGUGGCCUUGGAAAGGCAUCGUGGCUAAUAUCCCGAUAUCAAUGACACAAGAUGGCCGGUGGGCUGGGGAAAGUGGAUCAAAGCUUAGAGAUGAAUUUAUUCAAAGAGGAUUCAGUCCAGUCAGGGUUCGCACAUUAUGGGAUGACUACGGUCAUUCAGGAACCGCAAUUGUGGAAUUCGACAAUUGCUGGAAUGGGCUUAACCAUGCUUUGCAGUUCGACAAAGCUUAUCAGGCAGAUGCUCAGGGGAAGCUAGAUUGGCUGAGAGAAGGUGAAAAAUCAGGCCUUUAUGCAUGGCUUGCUCGUGUCGAUGAUUAUAAUGGGCAUAGUAUAAUUGGAGAAAACCUGCGGAAGAUGGGUGACCUCAGAACUAUCACUGGGCUGAUGGAAGAAGAGGCCUGGAAAGAGCAAAGGCUUGUACAGAAUCUGAUAAGAAUUGCCCAGGAUAAAGAAAGACACAGGAAGGCAUUAGAGAACAAAUUGUCAAAGACAUCAACAAAACUGAAGCAUGCAACUGAGGAGAAGCAAAAGCUUCUCCAUGAUUAUAGUGAAGAGCUGAAGAAAAGACAGGAAAGAGCGAUGGUUCACUCUCAUGUGAUCUUUGGCAACCAUGAAAAACAAAAGAUGCAACUGGAGGCUCAAAACAAGGAGCUUGAAAUCAAAUUACUGGAGUUGGCAAAGCGUGAGAUGGAAAAUGAAAUAAAUAGAAGAAAAGUGAAGGAAGAGCUUGAAGAGAUUGUCUAUAAAAAUAGGUUUUUUGAACUAACUGACAUGGAAAAACAAACAGCCGAUGAGGACGUGAGAAAAUUAGCUGAAGAUCAGAAGAGGCAAAAGGAAGAGCUUCGUGAGAGAAUAAUUGCACUGGAAAGACAACUGGACCAGAAAGAAGCCCUCGAGUUAGAGAUCGAAGACUUAAGUGCACAUGUGAACGUUAUGGUGUGCUUGGCAUUCAAUGGUGAUGACGGUGUGAAGAUCGAGAAUUUGCUCAGAGAUCUAAGUGAAAAGGGACGAGAACUCGAAGAGUUGGAUAAAUUCCACCAAGAACUUAUCAUAAGAGAGCGGGAGAGCAAUAACGAGCUUCAAGAAGCACGCAGGGAGCUGAUAAAUACUCUGAAAGACAUGAAUUCGUACAUCGGUAUUAAGAGAAUGGGGGAGCUCGACAGCAAACCGUUCCUGGAAGCAAUGAAAAUAAAAUACAAUGAAGGAGAAGCAGAAGACAAAACAUUUGAAGCUUGCCAGCUCUGGGAGGAAUAUCUUAAAGACCCAGAUUGGCAUCCUUUCAAGCGGAUCAAGGUCGAUAACGGGGACAGAGAAAUGGAAGUGAUAAACGAGGAGGAGGAAAGGCUGAGAGAAUUGGAGAAGGAACUGGGGAAGGAUGUGUACAGUGCAGUGGCCAAGGCCUUGGUGGAGAUAAAUGACUAUAACCCCAGCGGAAGGUACAUAACCUCAGAGCUGUGGAACUUCAGACAGGACAGGAAGGCUACAUUAGAAGAGGGGGUCAUUUGUCUGCUGGUGCAGCUGAAUAAAGCCGCACGUCAAAGAGAGAUGGCUCACAGAUGAUGUUAUUUGUAAACCCUCUUUUGCUACCGUUUCCUGAAUCCAGCCUUUAAUUAAUCCAUAAGAAUUGUGUGUUGUGUAGCCAUGAAUAAGCAUAAUCUACAUUUUUUUUUUUUUUGUAAUGAUUGGAUUACAGAUUUCAGUAGAAUCUUAUGAAAUUUUAGAAAAUUAGAGGGUA